UAAAUAAUGGCAAAAAAGGUGACCCCGAGAUAAUAUUUUUAACAAGUAUCCAACAAAUAAGCAAGCAUCUUUCUGUCACGUGUUAGGAACAACAUAGAAUUAGUAGUAAUUGUGCAUUGGUUCUUCGUCUGUUGGAAGUGACAACAAGUAGAACUAUCAUGGUAGAGGAGUUGCCACAGAGCUUGAAAGAAAAGAAAUGGCAGAUAAAUUGGGAUGCUGUGUCUCAAGAACUGAAGAAGACGAGUCGUUUUAUGGCUCCAAUGGUAGCGGUCACAGUGUUUCAGUACUUGUUGCAAGUUGUAUCAGUCAUGAUGGUGGGACAUCUUGGAGAGUUAGCGUUGUCUAGUGUUGCCAUCGCCACUUCUUUAACUAAUGUCACUGGUUUCAGCCUGCUUACAGGGCUGGUUGGUGGUAUGGAGACACUAUGUGGACAAGCAUACGGAGCUCAACAAUACCAUAAACUCAGUACAUAUACCUACACUGCUACAAUUUCUCUGUUUCUUGUAUGCAUACCAAUCUGUGUGUUGUGGUGCUUCAUGGACAAAUUGCUAAUAUUGACGGGACAAGAUCAUUCAAUCUCAGUGGAAGCGCGUAAGUAUUCAUUAUGGGUAAUCCCUGCUCUUUUUGGUGGUGCAAUUUCUAAACCACUAACUAGAUACUUGCAAGCGCAGAGUUUGAUUUUCCCAAUGCUUUUAUCUUCCUUUGCUGUUCUAUGCUUCCACUUGCCCAUAAGCUGGGCUUUGAUAUUUAAGUUGGAGCUAGGAAACAUAGGAGCUGCUAUAGCCUUCAGUAUAUCCUCUUGGUUGUAUGUCCUAUUUCUUGCAUCUUAUGUCAAACUUUCAAGCUCCUGUGGGAAAACUCGAGCGCCUUUCUCCGUGGAAGCCUUCCUUGGUAUUAGACAAUUCUUCCGUUUGGCUGUCCCUUCUGCUGUGAUGGUCUGCCUAAAAUGGUGGUCAUUUGAGGUGCUUGCUUUGGUAUCAGGCCUUUUACCAAAUCCAAAGCUCGAGACAUCAGUGAUGUCAAUAUGCAUAACAAUUUCUCAAUUACACUUCAGUAUACCAUAUGGCUUUGGAGCUGCUGCAAGUACUCGUGUUUCAAAUGAAUUGGGAGCUGGGAAUCCUCAAAAGGCUCGAAUGGCAGUUCAGGUAAUAAUGUUUCUUACAGUCAUAGAGACACUAGUGUUCAAUACAAGUCUGUUCGGGAGCAGACAUGUAUUGGGAAAAGCAUUCAGCAAUGAGAAGCAAGUGGUGCAUUAUAUAGCUGCAAUGACUCCUUUUCUUUGCCUGUCCAUUGUCACAGACAGCUUACAAAUAGUCAUCACUGGUAUAGCAAGGGGAAGUGGGUGGCAGCAUAUUGGGGCAUAUAUAAAUCUAGUGGUAUUUUAUGUGAUAGCAAUCCCUUUAGCAGUGGUGUUGGGAUUUGUUGUACAUUUGAAAGCAAAGGGGCUUUGGAUUGGAAUAGUGGUUGGUUGUGCUAUACAAUCCAUCGUUCUGUCUAUUGUUACAGGUUUCACAGACUGGGAAAAACAGGCAAAGAAGGCAAGAGAAAGGGUUCACGAAGGAAGAUCUUAGGAAGACAAGAGAUCAUUUUUGUGUAACAUAUUUCUUGGAGUAGAAUGGGAUCAUUUCCUUUGCGCAAUGGCUACUUAUUACGCUAUUCAAGUGUUUACGCUAAUUAUUGUACAUCUGAAUUGAAAGUGUUCGUAAGAGAAUCUGUUGCAUCCA